AUGGCUUCUGGCCAUGGAAAUGCUCAUCGGGAUAAUAGCUGCUUGCUCCACCAUAUAACAGACUCAAUCCGGCUCAGGAAUGCCCAGAACAAGCUGCAUCUCAAUUUCAAUGCCACUGUUUCGAUCAACAUCCCGCACCCGGCCUGGCUACCGCCGUCAACAUCAACUUCAACAUCACCAUCACCAUCAUCACCAUCAUCAUCGGACAAGAAUAAGACGCUCUGGCGGGCACUUGCCGUAGGAGGCUCCCAAAAAGUUCUCUUGAAUAUACGGCUCCUGUGGAAGCAGGAUAUAUUCCCAGAGGAAUGGAGCCAUGUUUCCGAAUCACUGGGCCGGGUUCUCUGCAAGUCACAGCUUUGGCACCUCUUCGGGCUCUCCGCAUCUCUUGAGAUCCCCUCCCACGACAUCAUAUAUAUCACCCUCUCCUCUCCCCAUUACACCUCCCUCCCACCAACCCUCCACCUCCCCACAUCAUCCAUCCGCUCCAUCCACUGGCUCUUUGACUUCACCCCAUACGCCACUCGUCCGAAAUCUGCUGGACUCCGGUUUGAUCACAUCCAGCCUCUCUUCGACGAGUGUGUUAAUUUGUUCUUCAACAAUAAGGCGGGAUCGCUUAGCCUGACCGGUGGGCUAUUCGUGCCGGGGUCCUCUCAGCAUAUACGGAGCUCGAUGGCGUCUGUCGAAGCUAUCACCUCCACCCUGGCGAGAUACGCAUCACAGUGUGACGACUACACACUGUUCAGGAGCAGAAUCAAGCAAAUCAAAAACAAGAUUGAAUAUGCCGGCCCAAUCGCCGAACAAGCAAUCGACCUACAGAAGGCACUAAGCAGCCAAAUCUAUCACCAAAUCCUCAAGGCACUCCAAGGAACCCGUCUUAAAAAAAGGACACACUAUAGGAGCAGCAGCCUCGCCGAAAAUGAGCUGCUAGCCCAGCCCCUGGAAAAGUUUCAGGACCUCUUCGAUGGGACCCGUAAUAUGCUUUCACAAGAUGAUAAUGAUGACGAUGAUGACGGAAUGAUGGAAGACAAUAACGAAGACGAACGAAGCGACUUUGAGGAUUUAUUCGAAGAAGGAGGGGAUAAUUACUCCGAUUUUGAAGAUCUAUUGGACGAAACAAGAGAGAUCCGCCAGGACAUUGGCGAUGAUAUGACACCAGACUCACCUACUCCGGUUGUCAAUUCCAAUUCCGCCUCCCAACAAGACCAAACGUCUUGCGCUCAGAAUGACUAUAAUAUGGCAUCUGAAUGCUCGGAUUUCGGUUUUACAUUGCUCGAAGACAGUUACACUACCACGAUUCCAUCGCAACAAUAUUGUACCCCUCCGCUUGCUAAUAAUGAUGAAGAAUACGACCACUUUACCGACAUCGAAACACCCCUUAUGCCCAUCCUACCCGCCAGCCCGACUGAAAACAUCACCCAAACCAUUACCGCGAGACCUUGUGCCUCGCAACCAUUCUGGGAAAAUGAAGAAAGCCUAAUGAUGCUGUUCUAG